AUGGAUUUUGGGUUGGAUGCUAAUAAUUUUCCUUCCAUUAAUCAUAUAUAUACAUAUAUAGGUUGUUGUUGGGCAUUCUCUGCGGUAGCAACCGUCGAAGGAAUCACUCAAAUAAAAACUGGCAACCUAAUUUCUCUAUCAGAACAAGAGUUAGUAAAUUGUGACAAAAAGCUUAAUAUGGGCUGCUUGGGAGGACUAAUGGUAUAUGCCUUCCAGUUCAUUCAAAAAAAUGGUCUUGCUAGUGAAACUGAGUACCCAUAUAGUGGAAGGGGUGGUAAAUAUUGCAACUUCACGAAAAUGACCAAUAAAGCUGCAGCCGCUAUCAGUGCCUUCGAACGAGUCCCCACCAAUAGCGAGAAUGCAUUGUUGAAGGCGGUGGCUUUCCAGCCAAUCUCGAUUGACAUGGACGCUAGAAGUAGGCAGUUCAGGUACUACAGCAGCGGGCUAUAUACAGGUCGGUGCAGUGGUAGAAUGAACCAUGGCAUAACUCUGGUUGGCUAUCAGAUUGACGAUGAAACUGGUGUGGAGUAUUGCUUGCUGAAGAAUUCUUGGGGUCUAGAAUGGGGUGAAGAUGGGUAUAUAAAGAUUCCGCGAGGUGGGUGUCAACUCGCUAGGGAUGCUUCCUAUCCCGUAGAGCUAGAGAUCCAUGGUAGAGAAGACAAUGUUCAAAAUAUAGGGAGUUCUAAUUCAGGAGAUCAACAAUAUCACUGUGUAGCUAUAGAUAGACCUAGACAUGCUAUCAGGCCACCCACCAGAUUGUCUACCGCUCAGUGCCCAAAGACAUAUGAUGAAGUUCAAGACAUGUCAAUUGUUCCAUAUGUUAGUGCAGUGGGGUGCUUAAUACAACAUGGUAAUCCUUCAGUUGUGGGAUAUGUAGAUGUAGAUUAUCUAGGGGACUUGGAUGACAGGAGGUCUACCACAGAGUAUAUGACAGUGGUUGAGGCUGCCAAGGAAGCUUUGUGGCUUACUGGGUUGGUCAAGGAGCUGGCUAUCCAGCAAGGUGGAGUUCAGUUGCAUUAUGAUAGUCAGAGUUCCAUUUAUUUGGUAAAGCAUUAG